ACAAUAUGGAAGGAACAGAAACAAUGAAACUACACGACGAUUCCACUAAAGAAGAAGGCGAAUUAUCAGACGACGAUGAUAUCGUGGAACCGAGUAAAAGCUUAUCAAGUCGUUACUUCAGUAAUCGUGGAGAUGUCGACAGAAACACUAAUAGUAGACCCAGGUCUAAUGACAGCUUUGACAAGCGAGAAACGAACAUGUCUGGGAGGUUUCCUGUGCAUUCAUACGGGGCAAAGGAAUACCGACCAAUGCAUAAUACUAACUGGAAGGAGAAAGAAAUGCACAUGAAUUCCAGUCAGGGUGGAGCUCGUGGGCAUGUUCAGGUUUUUGACUAUAGUCAUGGCCAUGGGCCUCAUCCUGUAGCUAAUCUACCUCAUUACGACAGAAUCCAUCCGAAUAGUAAUCACGUGACAAGAUAUCCACCGCCACUUCCUCCCGGGCCACCUCCUCUAACAGCUCGGAAGAUGCCUACCCCGUUGUUGCGAGCUAGAGGAAUGAGAGAGUGGCACGAAUGUAAUAAGUGGGUGGAUCCAAGGCCCAGGGAGCCUGACACACCAAUACCACAUGCAUCACCAGGAUUCUGGGAUAAAAGAAAGUUGAAGACAUCUCGUCAAAAUACAAAGAAAAAUGAAGAAUCCAAAGAUGAAUAUGAUAGUUUGUUAGAAAGCUAUAAAAUGGAACAGAAGAAUAUACGUGACAAAUUAGCAAAAUUUGAUAAACCACAAGUUAAGAAAUCUGAGUUGCCAAAAGAAGACAAAAAAGUGCCUGCCUCAGCUACUAUUGCUAAAGAGUCAAUCCCUAUUGUAGCAGAGAAAGAUGAAGUGGCAGUAGAUUUAGUCAAACAGCCGGAGCCGAAGACUGAUGUGAAGAUGGCUGGACAAGUACCUGAUGAGCCAAUCAAUAGUUUGGUGUCAGAUGAAAAGGCAGAGAUAGAAAGUAAACCUGUAUCUUCUGACAACUCAAACUUUAAGGAACAUAAGAGUGAUGAACCAACUGUCAGUAAUGGGACAGUAAUGGACAAAUCAAAUGAGAAAAGCGAGGACUUGGAUGAUGACUUAGAUGAGCUAAUGCUUCGACGGAUGGCUUUAGAGUCAUCAUUGAAAAAAGAAGCUGAUUUAGAGGAAAAAACAUCAGAACCUAAAGCAAGCAAAUCUCCAGCAUCAAAAUCUUCUCCAAGAAAAAGCAGACAUCGUUCCAAAACUAAUCUCCCACGCAAGGGAGACAAUCGCAGUAUAAGUAAUGAUAAAAAAAAAGAAGACUAUCGAAGCGGUCCUACCACUGGUGUAAGGUCCAGGCCCACGACAGGCAGAGCUGGGACUAGUUAUACCCAGUCAAGGUCAAGGCCACAUAAACCUAGCAGUGAUAGCCAUCGGAAACAAGAACCUCAACGAAGAAGGAGAGACGAAGACAAGCGACAUCAGGAAGAAGAACGACGAAAAGCAGAACGCCAACGUGAAGAUCAGACAAGACAAAUUCAGAAAAUAUUAACAUUAGAUGAUGCUGAGGAGCAAGUUUCAAGAUUUUUGGCACUUCUUGACAAAAAAUACCCAAACAAAAUGAAUAAGCAAUCUCCUACUUCUGUCAAAAGUACCAAGUCACCCACAGACAAGAAAGGCACAGGACAUCUCUCAGAGAAGCCUACCCUACAGGACAAUUAUGAUGAGGUGGCCAUGGACAUAGACAGUGACCCAGGGUCUCCAGCUAUAUCAACGGACCGCAUGACAGCCUAUGAGGACUACCAGCUUGUCCCGGAUACAGAUACAGUACAACAAUCCACACAGUAUAUGACACAACCCCUCGACAUGCACAGUAAUCUGCUACUAGACUCAGAAAACAUCUGGGACUUAGCUUUAGGCUAUCCAGCAGUGAUGGCCUUCCCUGCUACAGAUCCUGUACUACCUUACCCACUGCUUCCACCCCCUCCCCCUCCACCCUUACCCUUAGAGGAAGCAGCCCCACCCCCUCCUUUGCCUGAAGAACCCCCUCCACCUCUUCCCCUUGAACCCCCUCCUGACAUGGCUCCUCCUCCUCCUCCAAAACAUAUGCCAGAGGAUGAAGAUGAAGAAAUCUUUGGAGAUGAAGCAGCCAUGUUACGAGCUGAGCUUUUAAGGUCGAUGGCCAUCAAAAAGAAGGAACAACAGGAGAGAAAGAGAAUCAAAGAUGAGAGUAAAUCUGAGGAAGUCUCUCCUGUGUCAUCACGUAGUAUAUCUCCAUCACCUAUCACAAAGCCGGCUUCAGACACAGUACAGCAGGUCACCAGAGCUAAAGUUAAGGAGAGAAAGAAACAGCCUGAGUUAGUGACAAUGGCCCAGGUUCCUAUACAAGCCCCAGUUGUCAUUAACUUGAAUGAGGAUUCUACAGAUGAAGAAGAUAAUACCCCAUCUCCUGCCAAAGGGGUACAGGGCCUUCUAGGGCGUCUGGAUUCUUUCCUGAAUGAAGCUCGGAUGUCUGUUGAUAAUAAUCAAAAGCGUGAAAGUGCUGCAAAAGACAAUGGUUCAGAAGAAUUGGAGGUUAGGAAGUACGAAGAAGAGAUGAAUAAACAAAGGAUCAGUAUUCUACAGGAUCAGGCUAUGUUUAAAGGAUUGUUAAGUAAGGCCUCAAAAUACCACAAGAGCACCAGCCUGGCCCAGGAUAACGUUCUCAAACUCAAGGAACAGCUGGUGGCUGCUGAAAAAGUAGCUAAUGCUCACAGGGAACAGUUUGAAAAAGUCCGUAAACAUGCACGAGCUUUCAGAGCCAAUAUCUACAAAAAGCAGGAAGCCUUUAAACAACUAGAACAGAAAGCGUUACACGUUGGACAGAGUGUUUACGGAGCCUCAUACAAACCCCGCACUGUGGUGGCCGUGAAGGCCUCCGAGAAAAAUAAAGUAGAAAAUAUCUCUGUUACACUGGUCAAUGAGAAAGCAGUGAAGAAAACUUUGAAAGGUAAAGAAAACAAAAACAUUCCUUCAGAGAAUGCUGAUAAAGAAAAAGAAAAGUUACAAAGACUAGCUGAUGAAUAUGCCAAGAAAAUACAGAUGUUGAAACAAGCCCAAGCCAUGAAAAAAGCUGAGGCUGAAGCUGCACGAAAAGCAGCUAUUGUAGCACAUAAUCAAAGAAAAAAUGCAAUACCUAGGAUAGAGAAAAUUGAAAUAGAUGUUACUGAAAGUACGUCAGAGAGUGAAGCAGAGGAACGGCCGAACAAAAGACGUCGGUCACUGAUGGAAUUGAAUACAAGUACAAAACCAAACCUGUCCCCUCAGAAUAGUGAUGGUCAGAGGAAAUUAUCCCAGGGUGAUUCUGAGGUGAAACAGGAAACAUCUAACAAUAUCUGUGAUAACACGGCUAGUGCCUUCUCUCUACCUGGUGCUCUGCGGAUCAAACGACUCGCCAAACUACAGGAGGACCACUUCCAAGCAGUGCUGUCUAAUUGUGCCAAAACCCUGAUCUCAGCCCAGUCUUCAUUAGUGUCACAUUCUGUCUUGCUACCACAAUGUCAACAGAUUCCUUCCUUCCAAACACCAAAACGUGAUACAAAGACGAAAGUCAGCCACACACCCUGGGAGGCAUCUCCUCUAGUCUAUAAAAGUCCACUCCAACACUUCAGAUCCUAUAGAUUCAGUCCAUAUUAUCGCACCAGAGCCAACCUUACUUUGUCUUCCUUUACAUUUUCCAACAAAAUCAAUCCAAAGAAAGUUCUAUGCAAAUAUGAUCUCCAAGGAACCUGUCACGAUGAGGAGUGUGGGGGACUACACAGUGGUGACAUUAAGAUGUCUGAGGCAGAGGUGUUACAGGAUAUAAUAUCUUAUCAUCCAGCAGUGGCAGGGAUUAGUUCUAAUACACCAACCAACAACUACCCACAGAUCUUAGGAAAAUUUGUGAGUAACACUCUAAAACAACACCAGGGAAAACUGACCAGUGACCAGUUGAUGUUGCUAAUGGCCAGUCAAGUGUCAGAGAAAAGUGGACACACAAAGCCACACAACCUGUUCCUUGAGGCACGAAAGUGGAGACAGCUGUGUGAAGACAGAAGGGACGAAAUCCAAGACUUCACUUCUGAUAACACAUUUGAUAGUAUAGAAUGGCAGCGUCCAAUUGACAGACAGGAACUGGACAAUGUGAUAGGUGACCAGGACCUUCGUUACUUUGUGUCUGACUCCUCAAACAUUCAAGACAUGGAGACUGCUGUACUAGACAAUCCACACAACAUUCAGAUCUGGCUCAAAUUGGCUCACAAAAAACUCCACGACCCCAACAGUGGAAGCGAGACAUGUCUUGACCAUGCCCUCAAUGUGUUGGCACGGGGCCUGGAGGAAAACAAGGAUAGUGCAGAACUAUGGCAAAACUACCUUAGUCUGUAUGCCAAACACAAGGAAUCAAAUGAUCUGCAACAGCUGUGUGAAACUGCUCUGGAAUACACCCAAAGCUACACACUUUGGUGGCAGUACCUCAAUGUAUGCACCUCCAGUCAGCAGAAGCAGGAGGUUUGUGAUCAGAUGCUGGAGUAUGUGAGACUAGCUGAAGACCACUUUCCUCAAGAUGUACGUUCCCACUGGGUUCUGGAAGUCAUCCUAUAUAAAACAGCGCUCUAUGUGUGGACUGGCAAGUUCAAAGCUGCCAUUAAACAGCUACAGAGUGUUCUAAAAACAGAAGAGAAGUUAAGAUGGAUAAACAAGUGCCUUGUGACAGAUGAUCAGUGUAUUCUUUGGGUGUCAUAUGUACACCUCAAGGAAAUGAAAGUUCUUCCUCCCCAGCUGUAUGAUCCGCUUAACCAAAUGUCUGGACGUAUUGUCAAUAAGACUGACAUUAUGAUCGAGUGGUCCAGCAAAGAGAGCUUAUCAACUGCAGUGACCAUUCUGAUUGACCUACUACAUAAGGCCAUCAACUGCUGUAUAGGUCGUAUUGAGGUCAACAAUCCUAGAGUUGGUCAGGGAGGGAUCCUCUAUCUCAACCUCUUCAACCUCCUCAAGAGUCAAGAAAGGUAUGAAGAGGCUGCAGAGUUAUGUCGUCCAAUAUUAGAGGCCAAGCCGUCCAUGGUGGAGGUCUGGUUGUGUGUGGCUGAGCUCUAUGCCCUGUAUGAUGACGAACAGACUCGACAGGUGUUCGCGGAUGCCCUAGCAGCUAAUGAGUUCUGUGCCAAAUUGUAUCACUAUGCAGCCAAUUUUGAACUUUCACAGAGGGAAGAGGAUAAAGCACUCGUGUGUCUGGAGCAAAGCAUUAUCAGUUACUAUGAUGUGUCCACCACAGAGACGCGAUUUGUUGACCCCAACCAGCUUUUCUGCCUACUUUUAGAUGAAGCUGUUCCAUUGAACUUCCAACCUCCCCCCUAUAAAGAAGGUGUGACAGAAGAAGUUAUAAAGGCUGACCUACCUUACCUAUGGCUUAAUUACUGCAUACUGUUGGAGCUACAAGGGGAUGAUAGUCAGGCAGUGGAAGCUUACGAAACCGCUCUCAGUACUCUUACCAACGUAGUGGACAUCACCCGUGUGUGGUCAAGUUACAUUGGCUUCCACAACCGUAGACUGAAGCUGCAGCGCACUGUGACCCCGGACAUAGCUCGCAGUUUCUUUGACCUAGUCCGACGGGCAGUGAGUUGUAUGCCAACCAAGUAUGAGGUGCCUUACAACGAAGGGAUAUACUGGUUUAAUUAUCGACAUGUCAACAAAGUGAUCCAGCAGUAUAUGGCUUGCCUGCCUCCGGACCAGAAGUCUUCUAGCUACAACAUGUUUGUCUCGUACUUCCCCGACAACAUGGACCUCCUACUUCAGGCUUGUGGCCAUGCUAUAGGCCAAGAUGACCUUCAGACUGCCCGGGGUCUCUGUACCACAGCUACCUUCACCCACACUCAAAACCUUCACCUAUGGAACAUGCUAAUAUCACUGACCAGUCAGUUAGAGGGAAGAAAGGAGGUCCGACAGAUAUUCCACAGAGCAGUUCAAGCCUUGCCGUAUUCUGCCUCACUAUGGAAAGAUUUUCUGCUGUUUGAGAUCACCCAGAGGUCAUCAGAGGUUGUGCCAAAAAUCCUUCAUAAGUGUCGAGACAUUGGAAUACCUAUCCAGGAAUAUGCUGACGUCCUAACCAAGCCUUCCUAAGAUCGACCCUAAAUACUUUCUAGGUGCUCUAAGUUUAGUUAUUAGUUUCUUUAAAUUUUAUGGUAUAGCCUUCAUCAAGUGCAAUAGACAUUUAAAACCAUUAAAUAUUUAUAAAUCAUCUAUUAGUUUAUCCAGACAUGUGGACUGUGAUUAUGAUUGGACAAUCAGGAGGUUUGGAUACAGACAACUUGGCUCGUUGGGCCUGUGAUUGAGGAAGGUCCCGUAAGUAUGCUACACUUUCAGCCCUUAAUAUGAUCACAAACAUUUGUAACCAUGUAUCAUCUACUUUAAAUACAUCACUGUGGUGGUAGAAAACCAAACUUUUUUGAUCUAUUUUAAUUUUGUUUAUAUCCGAGACAUAUUAAGGGCUGUACUUUCACUGUAUGUAGUGUGUACUUGUUUUUGUCGUCUGUGUUGGUGUGAGAGUGUGAGAAAACCUAACCAGCUUUGGUUCCACAGCUACUGACCAGCCAUGUUCCCUGACAUCCAAACAAAAUGGAGUUUAAACUUGAAGAUUUCAUCACAGUAAAUGUUUAAGGAAACAGUUUGAAAUAAAGAAAAGUAUUCUGCAUUUGUGGAUAACCACCGGAGAAUGUUGACACAAGACACCAAAGAUUUGAACGAAGAUUCUAUAGAUAUGAAUUAUGAUUCAAAUGAGCUGUACAAGAUCAGGGUAAACCAAGGUCAAGGUCGUUUUAUCAUAUAGCAAUGGAACUGUCAAGGUCCACUUGACUCUGUUUCGAGAUAUCAAGGUCAGCUGUAAGAGACGUGUCCCUGGUGUUGAUAUGUACUGCUGUGUGUCACGUUAUCUGCUAUCAUCAGAGAGGCUGAAUCAAGACAUCAUAUGGAAUAACCAGGACUGAGACCAUAAGGAUAAGGACCAAUGGAUAGACACCAGAAUUUAGGGAGAAGUCACACUUCAGCAAAGAACUUUAGUCACAUAAUGGUUGUCUUUUGUUCACUCGUCAUAAGACCAUAUUCAAAGUUGUUCACUAUAUCCUGGUGGAGUUUUCUAGAUAUUUCAAGUUUUAUAUAUACACAUAUUUACAUUCACAAUAAAUUCCAGAUUCAAGAUAAAAACAACUUUUAAUAUGGUCACACUGUAUGUACAAGUUAUUUCAAGUAAAAUGUUGAUAUCAUAGUUUCAGUUCUGCAGAUAUAGAACAGUGAACCACAUUGAUUCUGAAACAUAGGUAUUGAACUAUUGAAGACACUGCCUAUGUAUUUUAGACUGAAAGUAUCAGUAAGAACAGUAUUAUGAAGACUUUUUUUUCUGUCUUGAGUCUUGAAAUAACUUAAAUUUGUCUCAAUGAACUGUAUGCACUUAUAGAUCUAGUAGAAAACAGCAUAAAUUUAUUUUGUAGUGAAUUAGAUUUUGUAAUUAAGAUUUUAUGGAAAAACAAAUCUUUAGGUUGGAGCUUUUUGUUUAUAAAUGACACCAUACAUAACAACAAAUAAAGUAUAUAUUAUGAUUGCUUAUACAAGUGUAUUGAAUUUGCUUUGUUCCUAUGGUGUGUAAUUUAUUAUUUGAAACUAUUCUGCUGAUACAGGUAUAUAUUCAUCCAAAUCCAUGUAUUUGUUUAUAUUAUUGACUGUUCCAAAUCUUUACAUCAGUAUGUAAUGUGUAUACAAAAUGUAUGCUGUUUUCCUGGUUGUAUUGAUGUUGUUAUUGAUGUUGUUUACUCCCAAAUAAAUAAUCUCAAUUUAAA